AUGGCGAAGAAUUACACGGCAGCGGCGGCGGCGACGGCGCCGCUGUCACGGUUUGGCGUGCUGGUGGCGCAACUGGAAUCCAUAGUGGCCUCUGCAGCUCACAAAUCUCCGGAGCCACUCCUCUGCUUCGAUCUACUCUCCGAUCUCAUCUCCGCCAUCGACGAGGACACCAAGGAGAAUAUUUUGUUGUGGCAAAGGAGAUGUGAGGAUGCAUUAUAUUCCCUGCUUGUUAUUGGUGCACGACGGCCUGUGCGUCACUUGGCUUCAGUGGCGAUGGCAAAGAUUAUAUCUAAGGGGGAUGCGAUAUCGAUCUACUCUAGAGCAAGCAGCCUUCAGGGAUUUCUUUCUGAUGGGAAGAGGAGCGAACCUCACAAAAUUGCUGGUGCUGCGCAAUGCUUGGGAGAAUUAUAUAAGCACUUUGGAAGAAGAAUUACUUCAGGUUUACUUGAAACAACAAUCAUAGCAACAUUAGCAACUAAGCUUAUGAAAUUCCAUGAGGAGUUUGUAAGGCAAGAAGCAUUAUAUAUGCUUCGGAAUGCUUUAGAAGGCUCUGGUGGUAGUGCUGCUUCAACAGCAUAUUCAGAGGCGUUUCGUCUUAUAAUGAGAUCUGCCACUGGGGAUAAGUCGUUUGCUGUGUGGCAGAACUUGACAAUUCAGCAUCUUAUUGUGUCAAGGCAGGCCCUUGAAGAUCAGGUUUCAUCUGUUCGGGAUGCCUUUGCUGAGACAUUGGGUUCCUUGCUUGCUCUUGGAAUGAAUCCUGAGGCACAGGUUCAACCAAGGGGAAAGGGUCCUUUGCCUCAAGCUAAAGUACUAGAAGGUGGUUUGCAGAAGCAUUUGAUUUUGGCCUUCACAAAAGCAAGUGGAGUACGGUCCAGGGUUGUCCGGGUUGGCCUAACACUGUCUUGGGUAUUCUUUUUACAGGCCAUUCGUAUAAAAUAUCUGCAUUCGGAUAGCGAGCUUCAAAAUUUUGCAUUGCAAGUUAUGGAAAUGCUCCGCGCUGAAACUUCUGUUGACGCCCAUUCAUUGGCAUGUGUUCUUUAUGUUCUUCGUGUCGGUGUAACAGAUCAAAUGACUGAACCGACUCAAAGGAAUUUCUUGGUUUUUCUAGGACAGCAGCUCCAGUCACCUGAAGCUGGUCCUUACAUGAAGGUGGCAGCCCUGCGUACUCUGUCUUAUACUCUGAAAACACUAGGAGAGGUUCCAAUUGAAUUUAAGGAUGUUCUUGACAACACUAUAGUUGCGGCGGUGUCACAUUCUUCAAAGCUAGUUCGAAUUGAGGCUGCUUUGGCAUUACGUGCAUUGGCUGAAGUUGAUCCAACUUGUGUUGGCGGUUUAACUUCAUACGGGGUGACCAAUCUUACCGCUUUAAGAGAGAGUGUUUCUUUUGAAAAGGGAAGCAAUUUACAGCUUGAGCUUGAUUCUUUGCAUGGGCAGGCUACUGUCUUGGCAGCUUUAGUCUCUGUUUCUCCAAAAUUACCUCUUGGUUACCCUGCAAGGCUUCCCAGAUUAGUUUUUGGGGUUUCAAAGAAAUUGCUGACGGAACAUAGUCGCAAUCCUGGGGCUGCUGCAGUUGAGAAAGAAGCUGGAUGGUUGCUUUUAUCAUCUUUAUUAGCUUCUUUACCAAAGGAGGAGCUUGAAGAUGACGUCUUUGACAUUCUUGCCUUAUGGGCCACCCUCUUUACUGGUAACCCCGAAAAUGAAAUUACAAAGACUGAAGAUUUAAUGUCAAGGAUAUAUGUAUGGUCUGCAGCUGUUCAUGCACUCACAGCAUUUAUAGAGUGCUUUAUAUCUCCUAAUGUUGUGAAUGAUGGUGUUCUACUUCAACCAGUUCUUUUGUAUCUUAAUAGUGCAUUAUCAUACAUAUCGGCACUAAGAGCCAAGGAACUACCACAUGUCAAGCCUGCAGUGGACAUCUUCAUCAUCAAAACUUUAAUAGCUUACCAAUCUCUUCCUGAUCCAGCGUCAUUUAAAAAUGACCAUCCUCAGAUUAUUCAACUUUGUACAUUUCCAUUCAGGCGUGCUUCAGAAUGUAAAGAAAGUUCGUGCUUAAGGUCGCUGUUAGACAAGAGAGAUGCAUGGUUGGGUCCAUGGAUUCCUGGAAGGUUCGAAUUGAGGCUGCUUUGGGCAUUACGUGCAUUGGCUGAAGUUGAUCCAACUUGUGUUGGCGGUUUAACUUCAUACGGGGUGACCAAUCUUACCGCUUUAAGAGAGAGUGUUUCUUUUGAAAAGGGAAGCAAUUUACAGCUUGAGCUUGAUUCUUUGCAUGGGCAGGCUACUGUCUUGGCAGCUUUAGUCUCUGUUUCUCCAAAAUUACCUCUUGGUUACCCUGCAAGGCUUCCCAGAUUAGUUUUUGGGGUUUCAAAGAAAUUGCUGACGGAACAUAGUCGCAAUCCUGGGGCUGCUGCAGUUGAGAAAGAAGCUGGAUGGUUGCUUUUAUCAUCUUUAUUAGCUUCUUUACCAAAGGAGGAGCUUGAAGAUGACGUCUUUGACAUUCUUGCCUUAUGGGCCACCCUCUUUACUGGUAACCCCGAAAAUGAAAUUACAAAGACUGAAGAUUUAAUGUCAAGGAUAUAUGUAUGGUCUGCAGCUGUUCAUGCACUCACAGCAUUUAUAGAGUGCUUUAUAUCUCCUAAUGUUGUGAAUGAUGGUGUUCUACUUCAACCAGUUCUUUUGUAUCUUAAUAGUGCAUUAUCAUACAUAUCGGCACUAAGAGCCAAGGAACUACCACAUGUCAAGCCUGCAGUGGACAUCUUCAUCAUCAAAACUUUAAUAGCUUACCAAUCUCUUCCUGAUCCAGCGUCAUUUAAAAAUGACCAUCCUCAGAUUAUUCAACUUUGUACAUUUCCAUUCAGGCGUGCUUCAGAAUGUAAAGAAAGUUCGUGCUUAAGGUCGCUGUUAGACAAGAGAGAUGCAUGGUUGGGUCCAUGGAUUCCUGGAAGGGAUUGGUUUGAAGAUGAACUCCGAGCUUUUCAAGGCGGAAAAGAUGGCAUUAUGCCCUGCGUAUGGGAGAACGAAAUUUCUAGCUUUCCUCAGCCGGAGACGAUAAGCAAGACUCUGGUGAACCAGAUGCUUCUUUUAUUUGGGAUCAUAUUUGCUUCUCAGGAUAGUGGUGGUAUGCUCUCCCUUGUGGGAAUUAUUGAACAGUGUCUGAAAGCUGGGAAAAAACAACACUGGCGGUCAGCUAGUAUCACCAACAUUUGUGUGGGCCUACUUGCAGGCUUUAAGGCUCUGCUUUCUUUUCGAGCACAAACAUUAGGACAAGAGAUUUUGGGUUUGAUACAAUCUAUUUUUCAGAGUAUUUUGGCGGAGGGAGACAUUUGUGCAUCGCAGCGUAGAGCAUCAUCAGAAGGACUUGGAUAUUUAGCUCGAUUUGGAAAUGAUAUCUUUACUGCUAGAAUGACCAGAUCACUGCUUGGUGACUUAAAUGGAGCAACUGAUUCCUACUUUGCUGGAUCCAUUGCUUUGGCGCUUGGCUGCAUUCAUCGCAGUGCAGGAGGGAUUGCAUUGUCAACUUUAGUGCCUGCAACUGUGAGCUCUAUCUCUUCACUGGCUAAAAGUUCGGUAGUUAAUCUGCAGAGCUGGUCUAUGCAUGGCCUUCUUUUAACUAUUGAAGCUGCAGGCUUGUCCUUUGUUUCUCAUGUCCAGGCAACCCUUUCUCUUGCUAUGGACAUUCUUUUAUCUGAUGAGAAUGGUUUGGUAGACGUUCAGCAGGGAGUUGGCCGCCUUAUAAAUGCUAUAGUUACUGUUCUUGGUCCUGAGCUUGUCCCAGGAAGCAUCUUUUUCUCGCGCUCCAAGUCUGCCAUCGCUGAGAUAAGCUGCUGGCAAGAAACUUCAACAUUGCUUGAGAGUGCACGCUUCACUCAACAACUUGUUCUUUUUGCACCCCUAGCUGUUUCUGUGCACUCCCAUGUGCAGACUCUUCUCUCUACUUUGUCAUCAAGACAGCCAAACUUACGCCACCUUGCUGUGUCUACGCUAAGGCAUUUAAUUGAGAAAGAUCCGGCUUCUGUUAUUGUUGAGCAGAUUGAAGAUAACUUAUUCUUUAUGUUGGAUGAGGAAACAGAUUCAGAAAUUGGGAACUUGGUGCAAUCUACAAUUAUGCGAUUACUCUAUGCAUCAUGUCCAUCAUGUCCUUCGCAUUGGAUAUCAGUAUGUCGCAAAGUGGUCCUUGCGACAUCAAUGCGGAACAUUGAAAAUAAUAUUGCAGCAAAUGAUGAUAACGACUCAAGGUUGAACCUUGGGGAUGAAGAUAAUAUGGUUUCUGGCUCCAAUAGCUCGCAGAUUUACCAGUUUCAAGCUUCCAUUGCUGCUGCUAAUAGAGAGAAGUUCCUCAGAUAUAGGACAAGACUUUUUGCUGCAGAAUGUUUGAGCCAUCUACCAGAUGCUGUAGGAAGAAAUCCUGCUCAUUUUGACCUCCUUAUGGCAAGGAAAGAAAAUGCAAGUGGACGUGCUUCUAGUGAUUGGCUUGUUCUCCACUUGCAAGAGUUAAUAUCACUUGCUUAUCAGAUAAGCACGAUUCAAUUCGAGAGCAUGCAGCCAGUAGGUGUGAGUCUUCUUGGCACUAUUGUGGACAAGUUUGAGAAAGUAGCUGACCCUGAGCUUCCUGGACAUCUUCUACUGGAACAGUAUCAGGCCCAGGUCGUAUCUGCAGUUCGUACCACCUUGGACACAUCUUCUAGUCCUAGCUUAUUGGAGGCAGGCUUGCACUUGGCUACCAAGGUUGUGGGCUUAAUCUUUCUCUUCAUUUCCUUUUUUAUCUUUGAAAUCUGAUGAGGUAACAGAAUGGAUUGCAAGAAUAAUAAGAUGAAAUGGUGCUGGAAAUGAUUGUAUUGAUGACAGAAAACGAUUACAGAAUGAAAGAUAGAAAUAUUGCUAGAAAACUCUAACAAUCCCAAAGAGGAGCACUAAUGGCUCUCUCCCCAAAAGAGAUCUUACUCUCUCUCCUCUAACAGAAAGUUAACAAUCA